AUGAGCCUAUCAAAAUCUGAGAGACAAUCGAUUAUAUUAAAUGAUGCAAGAGGAAUUCAGCAUCCAUUAUAUUAUGUAUCAACAAGUAAAGAUGGAAAAAUUUAUGUAAGAAAAAGACAAGUUCCAUUAACGAAUUCGGAAACUGAUAAAAUAGAUAUUAAACCUCCCCCAUCUGAAUCUAAACCAGAACCUAAACCAGGAGGACUCAGAGAGUCCAUCUUGGCGCAGAGCGUCGAAAUCAAACCCGAUGUACUUUCGAUAACGAAUCAAGAAUUAAUAGCUAAAUUUGUAAAUUUCAUUGAAAAGCAAACGGAAUCAAAAAAUCCAGACCCACCAGUAAAAGAGCAGGAAACCAAAAUUAAUGAAGAGUUUGUUAAAAACGUAAAACAUGAAAUUCAUGAACAAAAGAAACAAAUUCCUCAACUUAGAAGAAGAGUUAGAAUAUUAAACUAA